CCUUAUAGUAAGUUGUUGGACGAAAAAUUACAACAAAAAAUUGCGUUGUUAAAAUAUCGGAAAGAGUUAGUAAAUAAUAAGUAAAAAACUACUAAAUUAGAUAUAAAUAGUGUUUUACAGGCCUAAAGGUGCACGCACGUGCUACACGACGACGCAUCCGCAUCCAAUCCUGCGGAGCCGCGAGGAGUUGUGAUAAGCGAGAAGACGAAAAAUACAGAACCGAAACGAAUCUGCGGGAAAUAGAUAAUUGAUAGUCCAGUAAAAUGAUAGGCUCGAUGGUGCGGAAACACUUUAAGCUGCUGGCCGCAGUAUGCCUGAUUUCGGUGCUGGCCGGUCUCGCUCCGGUAGAUCCGGUGAGUGCGGAGAAGGAAAUCCCGAUGACAAAAUUUAGCCAAAACAUGGGGGGUGGUGCUACCCUAACGUUCCUAUACUGUUACUCCUGUGGCUACCGAAAAGCGUUCGAUGAUUACUUCAACAUCAUCCACGAGAAGUACCCGGAAAUUACGAUCCGCGGUGGCAACUAUGAUCCAUCCGGCUUCAACAUGGUGCUGUCGAAGGUGCUGCUAGUGACGAAGUUGUUGCUCAUCAUCGCCCUUAUGUCCAACUAUGACCUCGGCCGGUACAUCGGUAAUCCGUUUGCCGGCUGGUGGCGCUGGUGCUUCAACAACAAACUGUACGCCUCAAUGAUGAUCUUCUUUCUGGGAAACACACUGGAAGCGCAACUCAUCUCAUCCGGAGCCUUCGAGAUAACGCUCAACGAUGUGCCGGUGUGGUCGAAACUAGAGACCGGCCGGUUUCCGGCACCGCAAGAGGUGUUCCAAAUCAUUGACAAUCACCUGCUGUUUGCGAACAAGAUCGAACCGAAGCCGGAUUUUGUGAAGUAAACGGCAGAUCUAGUAAACUGUGCCCAUUUGUACUGUCGUGGGAACCUACUCGAAACGAUGCGUUCCCGGUUAGCUUUUCCCCGAGGAGUUUUAUUCUACCAAACAAACGUACGUUCUUUUCAAAUCGCCUGUCGACGAAAACAGCAAACCAACAUCUCCCCUCACCUCGCAAUUAUUUGUUCAAACCCAAUACUCGGUUGUGUUAGCAACAUCCUGAGUCCCGAAGCAUGUGGUGAGGUUACUGCGAUCUGCUGUGCAAUAGGUUAGAUACAAUGGCAAUUCGGUCGUUGGAAACGUGCGUAAAACUACACGGUGACGGUGGUGGUGAUGAAGUGAAUUGAAAUAAAGUGAAACCAAUAAAACGAUAAGCCCAAAUU